AUGGACCAUGCCUCCACCGCGUCUGUCUCCAGCUUAGAGGCUUGCGGCAACGAGGGAUUUUCACACAAUGGAGGUCUCAUGCAGGUAAAGGGUGCCUUGGUAACAGAUGAUCAAACAUUCCAACCACAGUGCGGUACACAAGAACAUGCGAUGGAUCAAGACCUGCAGCAACCCGAAACCACAACACCGAUCAAUCUUUCUGGGGCACUUGAUAAGCAGGCUUCACGCGGAGAUGAGAACGAUUCAACGCAGCACAGUGUGGCCGCUGGACUAAGCCCUGCUCAUAUCGGCAAUGUCCCAGCAGAUCAAGGCCUGAAGGCUACGCCUAGCCUUUUCAACAAUCCACCGAACCUAGCGCGUAUACGAAAGGUUCUAUUCGAGUGUAAAGACCCGAUAGAGAUCAGCCUCGAAGAAUUCGAAACGUAUUGGCCCUUCAUCGACAAUGUGUGGGUUAAGCAGAGAUCAAAUGCAAGCAAAGAGGGCCAUUGCACUACAGACUACUAUAUGUGCCGUUUACGGCGCCCAACUCACCGUACAUCCGAAACUCGCCCACUGCCAGAGGGCAAACGCCCUCGGAAAAAGCGAGUACGAGAAGGAGGAAUUUGCAACUUUCAAAUCAAGGUUGUCCGGUUUGAAGGUGCAUACUCGACCGUCACCAUUGCGAGGACGCCAGGCAGUUGCAACGUCCACUCACAUGACCUCGAUUAUAUCGACCGAGUCAAACGAAAUUCGGGAUUAAUGGAGUAUGCGCGCAAAGAGUCUAUAAAAGGAUACCUGCCUUCUUCCAUUUAUACCAAAUUCCAAGAAGAGCCAGAAAAGCUGGGGGAGGCUGGAGGGCGGUUCUUCACGGUGACGGACGUUCGCAACAUCUCCGCCAAGUGGCGCAUACAAAACCCAGAGGUUGAUCUGGUUGCACACGAGGGAUACGAAUACCAGAAAGGCCAUGGGAUCGUCAAAACCAAAAGCACUGGUGUCAACGAGGCGCCCUCGCCCAAGCAACUAGCCUCGUUGACCUCGUCAUCCUCUUUGCCAUCAGAUACCCUGUCCUUCCCUCGAUUUUCGCUAGAUUUCUUACAUCCUUAUCUUCCCGAUCACUCUGAGCGUCGAGAGUUCCCCCAUGUCACCUUGUCAUACGCGUCGUCAAUGGACUCCAAGAUAUCUCUCCAGCCAGGAAUGCAGACAGUACUGUCUGGACCGGAGGCCAAAUUGAUGACCCAUUAUCUUCGCUCCCGUCACGACGCUAUUCUCGUCGGCGUAGGUACUGUUCUUGCUGAUAACCCGGGCCUCAACUGCCGUCUGGAAGGGGCCGGUGGAUUCGGAGGUCUAGGCAGAAUGUGGCAACCAAGGCCAGUGAUCAUUGAUCCCAUGGGCCGGUGGCCCGUUCAUCCUGAAUGCCGGAUGUUGCGUACUGCUGUGGAAGGCAAAGGCAAAGCCCCAUGGGUCGUGGUGUCCCCCGGGGCACAAAUCAACCCUCAGACUCUGAUGAUGCUCAAGGGCUACGGCGGGGAUUUUCUCCGCAUUGUGGAAUAUAAUCAACACUGGCGAUUACGUUGGGAAGCUGUCUUCCGUGCCUUGGCAUCCGAGGGCAUCAAGAGUGUCAUGAUUGAGGGUGGUGGCACGGUCCUGAGUGAAUUGUUGAACCCGGAGUAUACCAGCUUUAUCGACUCCAUUGUUGUGACAGUUGCUCCCACUUACCUUGGGCGUGGUGGAGUCAAUGUCAGCCCUGAUUCAAAACAAGACCCGGAGGGUACACCCAAUGCAGCACUGAACCCUCGAGACGUCAAAUGGAUGCCAUUGGGUCAGAAUGUAAUUAUGUGUGGGAAGAUUCGCUCCCCAGGGGUGCGUGAAGAAACCAUUCAGCCUAGCCAUUGA